CGACCAAAAUUUUGAGUGAAAAAAAAUGAACUUGAGUGGUUUUUCUAAGCCGGUUACAGUCUUAAGACUUGUCAAUUAAUUCCCGUACUACCGUAUACCAACAAUAUCAAUAUCAAUAUCAAUAUGAUUAGAAAUAUAGGAAGAAGAUCAUUGGUUUCAUGUAGCAGAUUAAUUAGAGGCACUCAAUUUGGAUUAAGUUCUGUAAGUGCAAGAUCUGGUCCAUGGAGACAGCCACAGUUCUUAACUGUUAGAUUCAACAGUUAUAUAAAUACACAGGGAGAAAGUGUCGAGGAUAAGAUAGAUCAUUUAAGUAUAAAUGAGUAUAAUGGGAUAAGUAACGAUUACUUAGAUACAUUGGCUGAUGAAUUAGAAGAAUUAAGUGAAAGUUACCCUCAAAUUGAUAGUGAAUUAACUCAAGGUGUGUUAACUAUUUCUUUACCACCAAAUGGGACUUAUGUUAUUAAUAAACAACCUCCCAAUAAACAAAUAUGGCUUAGUAGUCCUAUUAGUGGUCCAAAGAGAUAUGAUUCAAUUGAAGGAAAAUGGGUUACAUUAAGAGAUGGUAGUUCAUUAACUCAAUUACUCGAAGAAGAAAUCUCUACUGCAUUAGAUACAGAGUUUAAGUUUGAAAGAACUCAAGCUUAAACAUAAACAUGUGCCUAAACUUAAUUAAGUUCAUUUAAUGUCAUGUCAUGUCGUAUAAUUUUGUUAGCCUUAAUCCCUUAGUAAUUGU